GAAAGAAUUCUGUGUCUACCACCUGGCUUCAAAUAAAGCUUUCCUUUUUAUGAACACCUGGGUGGUUAUAAACCAGACAUGCACUGCACCCAAUUGAAAGCCUUUGCUUCACCUGACUUGGGUUUCAUUUCUGAAGCCACAGCCUUUCUUUGUGACAGUUUAGAAGAGUGAAAGAGUGUGACUUUCUUUAUGUUCAAGGCGAUGGGUGACUCGUCGUGUCUAAUGAGGUCGAUUUCUGGGCCUUCUGAGUGUUCUGGUGAAGUGAAACAGGGGGACCUUCUUAGGUUUCUUGGAGAAUCAGUUUCAUUUGGUAGGUAUGCUUCAGAACCUCUUGAUUGGGGAAAAUGGUCAGCAUUUUCUCACAAUCGGUAUCUGGAAGAAGCAGAAAAGUUUUCCAAACCAGGCUUGGUUGCUCAGAAGAAGGCGUACUUUGAAGCUCACUACAGGAAGAAGGCUGCUGAGAAAGCAGCAGCUUUGGCUGAGGUUGCAAAUGCAUGUGCCAACAAAGUUUCUGACUCAGUUUCUAUGGUCAAGAGUUGCCAAAGCUCCUGUGCCAACAUGGAGUUGGCAAAUGGAGAUAACCAGGUGGUUGAGGAAACUAGUGUUCCAAUUAUGGAGGUGGUAUACUCGGGUGAUGUGAAUGAUCAGAAUCCAGAUGUUGAAGGGACUCAAUUGGAACUUGCGAAGGUGGAUAGAACAGAGAUGGUGAUUCAAAAAAGUUGUACUUUGGAGGAUGCUGUUUCGGGUGAGGUGGAGAAUUCUAUUCAGGAUGAAAUAGAGACUUCGAUUCAGAUUGAGAUGGAGAGUUUUACUCAAGUUGAGGUUUCAAAUCAGGUUGAAAAUGACCAGAAGGAGAUUGUUAACGGUGCCACCCAAGAAGAGAGGAUGGCAACUAAGGAAGCUCCUAAUGAGAAAAUUCUAACUUCUCCAAGCAGGAAAAGAUUGGUGAACUCUUCUCCCUCAAGGUUUUCUACUCAAGAUAGACUGUCCAAGAUCCCAUCUUUUCCUGCCAAACAAAUGGUUGGUGUUCCACCUGGAAAGAAGAACAAUGCCACCCCAAAGAGUAAGAAUUCUGAGGCUGGGGUAUUUGACAAGAGGAGAUCAACAGAAAAAUCACUCCACAUGUCAAUCAAUUUCAAUUCUCAUGCCAGUGAAACCAGUAAAAGAACGUCACCGGUCAUGGAGAAGAUCAAAGUCUUAAAAGUUGAUAAAACUGCACUUAAUGUGCCUGUAAGAAACUCAAUUUCCCUGCCAACUGCAACUAGGGCAUCUGGUAAUGGGGUAUUAAAGGAAGCUUCAGUAAACCCAUGGUCCAAAAGUAGAAGGGAAAAAACAAUACUUGGUAAGUCAGUAACUGGGAGUGUCACUGCAGAUAGGAUAUGCAUAUCACCCUCAAAAGAUAAAUCUCUUGCUGCAAAUGGAAGCAAACCACGAGGUUCUAUCAAGUCCUGUCCUUUUAGCCUUAGGAGUGAAGAAAGAGCAGCAAAACGGAAAGAGUUCUUUCAGAGGCUGGAAGAGAAGAGAAGUGGAGAGGCAGAAAAUAAGCAGCUGCAAAUGAGAUCUAAUAAGGAAAAAGUAGUGCAUGAUUUUAAAAAACUGUGUCAGAGUACAGGCUUAAAAGCCAAAGAUCUGUCGUCUGGAUCACAAUUGCCAAGUAAUAACUUGAAGAAGGUUCCACCAACUCAGAGUCAGUCCCAGAAACUCGUGAGGCAGUCUACUACCAGCAAGGUCCUGAACUCAAGCACUCGGUCUUCAGUCAAUUCUCAAAGCUCUAAGCAUGUUACACAGAACAACAACCCACGGACAAGGCGAUCAGUCACUUCCCUUCCUAAGAAAAAUGCUCAUGAGAAUUCUUCUCCUAAUAUUCAGAGUUGAGGAUGUCUAGCCUAGGAAUAUACAUGAUGGAGAUUAAUCCACCCGCAGCUGGUUAAAAUCCAGAACUACUUUUUGUAACUGCAGUUAGAAUGAGAGGGUAGUCUGGUUCUCUUUUACAGGCAGAUCAGUUGAGUACUGGCAAUUAGGUAUUAAAUUUUGUAGGGCUCAUCUCUUGUUCCUAUCUCUUCUUUAGGUGGUCCAGGUUGUAAAUGAAUUUCAUCAGUUAUAUUCAAGACAAGUGUAUCA